UGCAGCUGGUAAGAUGGCAAGGAUGAGCCUAAACAUUCAAGGCCGAUAAGCAUAAAUUGUUUCCUUGGAUAGGCAAUUCAAGUUCUAUUUAAUUAACAAAUGCUUCCAGUACUUUAAUGAUCAUGAGUGCUAAGCACAUAUGAGAAUCGAUCUCCAAAGAAAGUCUUAGGCCCGAUAGUUGGCUUGCAAUAGAGGAAAAUGAGCGAAAAUGCGGUUUUUGAGCCAACGGUUAUACAUCGUGGGGGUGUUUUACAGAGGUUUCAUCUCUUUUACAGAAGCACACUCUAUCAAGCCAUUGUUCUGGGCUUUAUCAGUUUCACGCAACCAGGAAUAUGGACAGCACUCAAUUAUCUGGGAGCCGGUGGAUUAGCCUCACCGUUCUUUGUCAAUGCCGCCAAUGUCAUUACAUUUGCAAUCAUGGUCUUCUUCAGUCCAAUUUCUGCUAUCCUGGGCAAUCGCUUAAACAUAAAAUGGAUUCUUGUGUUUGGGACUCUAGGAUUCGCGCCGUAUUCUGCAGCGUUAUAUUGUAACAGUGUCUAUGGGACUGAAUGGUUUCUGCUCUUCGGAGCGGUGACAUGUGGAUUCUCGGCUGCUGCGCUCUGGACAUCCGAGGCAGCCAUUGGAGUAGGAUAUCCCGAACUGAAAAAUCGCGGCUUUUACAUCGCUAUAUGGCUGUCUCUCAAUAAAAUCGGUCAGAUUAUCGCAAAUUCGAUCCAAUUAGGUCUAAAUGCCCAAGCCGACCAGCAGGGCAGCAUCAGUCCGAACACCUAUCUCGUGCUCAUUGCCCUGCAAUGUCUCGGUCUUCCACUUUCACUGACUAUCGCAGAGCCAAAGAAAUUGAUUCGCUCUGAUGGCACAAAACCAUUAAUUGGAAGUCGCAGGACACCCAUCAAGCAAGGCUUUAAGGAUUUCUGGUCCGUUAUCAAGCGCAAGGAGAUUUUCAUGCUGGUUCCCAUAUUCAUUACCGCCCAAUGGGCUCAAACCUAUGAAGGCAAUUAUCUGGUCACCUACUUCAGUGUUCGAGGUAGAGCUCUCGCUGGAUUUAUUGCCUCUAUAGUCUCUUUCGUCGUGGACAUUUUGUUGGGAAUCCUUCUCGAUAACAAAUACCUCCGUCGUUCGGUCACUGCAAAAGCGAGCUGGAUCUUUAUUUUCGUGGCUUACACUGCCACCUGGAUUUACCACUUUAUAUUACAAGCCGAUCUCUCCCGCACAACCCCGUCUUUGGAUAUCAAUAGUCACGGGUUUGGCAGGGCUGCAGGUGUUUACAUCCUAUAUAGGGUCGGAUACGAAUCCACAAAUGUUUGGAUGUACUGGGUACUGGGGACGUUGGACGCAGACAUCAAGACGCUGGCUCUAUCCACUUCGCUACUACGUGCCGGCGAGAGCUUCGGAAGUGCUUUCUCAUACGGAGUAGGAGCCAGUAAGAGCGCAACUCUCAUGACGAACUUGAUCGUCGCUGCUGUGGUGUUUUGGGCCAGUGUCCCGAGCACAACUUUUUCGGCCUGGAAGGUAGAGGAUGUUGAUCAUGAUGCGAGAGACGCAGAGGGAGAGGCAUCUCCUACGGGACCGUCUGUUGAAUCGGUCAAAAUUGGAGUAGAUGCCGAUACCAAAGAAUGCAUAAUACGAUAG